AUGGUUUUGUUUGCUUCUGAAUCAAAAAGGUACGGAAAAACAUCAUCAUCAAAUUAUUGUGAAUUUAAUAUCCCCAUUUCAGCUCAAUCGCAAACCCCGGAUGAUGUAAUCGAUGCCCAACCUCUUAGUGGUGAUUUAAUAGAAUAUGACGUAUCAAAUAUAAAAUAUUCGUUACUUGGUUCAGGAAUUUUUUAUAAUACUAUUGGGGUUUUAUUACAAAUCGAUCAAAUUGAAGUUGAUUUGGAUUUAAAUUUAACAGCACCAUAUACUCAAAUUUAUAUGGGUUAUAAUACCUACUUUAUAGCAUUUAAAUAUAAUAAUGAAUUAUUAUUUGAUUCAACAAGAAAUUCAAUUAGCUUUUCAAUAUUAUUCUCCUCUGCUAAAUCAUUAACAAUUAAUGUACCAAUUGUAUUACAAUCUUCAAAUAAUUUACCAAUAUAUAGUCUAUAUCCAAGUGACCCAAGUGAUUUAAUUACAGAUGCAGGAUAUGCAGAGCUAGGAAAUAUUAAAGAUCAAUAUAACAAUUAUUUUUAUACUUUAGUGGAUGGUGUACAAAAAAACGAACCAUUUUUAGUUGGGUCAAAAUCUGGUAUUUUUAAUUAUUUGGUCCCCUUAUCAGGUGAUGUUUUGCAACAAUCAACCUAUUCAUUGGUUUAUUAUUACUCAAACGAAAAGAAGGUUUUAUUUUCUCAAACUUUAAAUCAAAAAAACGUAGCUGACUCUAUUAUUAUGUCAGCCACUGGGAUAGAGGAUACACCCUUUUUCACAGUUGUAUUAGCAUUAUCACAAGUUAAUCUUCCUUACUCUUUGUCGUUUGGUCAACCAGAAAAGGUUUAUAGAUUCCCAUAUGGUUACAAUGUAAAUAACAUAUUCUCUACUUUAACCUUUACUUAUUAUUUUACUCGUGAUAGAAUUGUUAACGAUAAUGUUCAGUUUAAAGCAAAUGGAUUAUCAUAUAACUAUAUUUUACCAAUAAAGUUUUCAGGUAUAAUUACACCUUCAAAUAUAUUUUAUUAUGAUUUAAAAUUAAUUCCAAGAGGAAGAAUGUUAAUAAGUUUAAAUAUUUCUGUCGUAACAGAUUAUCUAACUCAUAUUGUUCUUUAUAGUUCGGACACAACUAUAUAUAGCUCCUAUUCAGAUACAGAGACUCAAAUCAUUUCGAGUAGUUGGGAUCUUCGAUACCUUGAAAUUAAUGUUCCUAGAUUUAGUCUAUAUAAAAUUGUAUUAAGAUUGUCUAGAGAAUCUAUGACUGAAUAUUAUAUUGGUCCAAAUUAUAAAUAUAACAUUGGCGGUACUAUUAAAAGUUUAGAUUCAGUUUCAGAUAAAGAUAAAUUACCAUCAAGCUUUGAUUUUAAAAAUGGAUUAAAGAAUGUAUCAUUCCUUUAUAAUAACUUUGGGGUUACAAAUACCAGAUUUUCAAAUAAAAUGUAUGUUAAACUCAAUAACUACCCAACAGAUAGAGAAGUUAAAGUAACAUUUAUUUAUACAGACUCGGGAAUAAAUCAAAAAAAUGAUACUAUUUAUUCAAAUUACAAUCCAGCAACAGACCAAUUCGAAUUUGAAUUCAUCACUCCAAUGAAUAUUAGAACCGGAAGUGUUGGUUAUAUAAUUACCUUAGAUUCAUUAGAUAAAUUAAACUAUUAUAGUUUUGCAUUACCUAAUCAAUACCAAUUAAAUGUUAAAGAAUCAAAAAAUAUUGAUUUAAUGGGUCCAAUUGUUACAAAUAUUCAAAAGAAAAAUCAAGACUCACUCAAGGUUAAUGAAUACGGAUGGUUAUUCGAUAUUUUUGAUAAUGCCAAUGGUUUCAAAAAAGGUUAUGUAAUUAUUAGAGGUUCUUUAGAUUUGACUGAAAGAAAUGUAACAAUUAGUUCAAAAAAUUUAUUGACAGGUACCCAGUUAACAGGUACAUACUCAGUUCCAUUGGUCGUCAAUUCACCAUGCAUUUCACAAAUUUAUACUAUCAUCUAUGCAUAUUUUGAGGAUAAUGAAGGUUACUUUACAGAAUAUGAUAUUCUCCAAAUCAAUCAAAAGAAUCCAUUUUAUAAACUCUUAGGUCUAAAAUAUUCAAGUUUAUUAGAACUAAGUAUAUCAUGUAGUCCACUAGUUCCAGGAGGUGGUGAUUCUAUUAACCCAGUCCUUAAAGAUAUUAAAAUUGAUUAUCUUGUUUUUUCAAACUCUGUUGUGAGUAGAACUAUUACUGUUAGCUAUACUGCAUAUCAUAUCAAUGGUGUGUCCACUUCUUAUAUGCCAACAGCUUAUGCAGUAUUUCCAACCUACUCAGUUAUUCCAUCAUAUGAAACCAUAGUAACUUAUUCAAAUGAAUCUUUUACAUCAUUCUACUCAAAGAUAUUAAUUCCAUUUAAUUUUGAUAGUCUUAAUACAUAUUAUUUCUCUGUUUAUGGAAUUGUUUCAAAUGCAGGAACAGUAGCAGGUUAUACACCAAAUGACUUAAAAAAUGCUGGUUUUGAUAUUAAAUUAGCCCCAGCGAGUGCUUAUAGUAUUGGUUUAUUUACCAGUUCAUCAUCUUUAUCAAGCACAGGUUUGGGUGGUGUCUGGAUUUAUGGAAAAAAAUUAAAUACAGCAACAUUCCAAAUAAAAUACAGCGAUGAAAAUUUUAAAACAAUUGAACCAACUUACCUUUCCUCAACGGCUGUAUAUUUUUCAAAAAUAAAACCUACAACUAAACCAAUAGUAAUUUUUGGUUUUAAUCUAAUUGGUACUACAGAUCCAAUAACAAUUAGUCCAACUGUUUUCAACUUUAUUGAACCAGAUGUACCAAGUAACACAAGCUCAUUAUGCAAAGGUACACCGUUAUGUGGUGGUCCAACACAAGGCACAUGCUAUUUAACCGGUUGUAAAUGUAUAUUACCAUGGAUUGGCAUAGAUUGUAUGUCAAAAGUUAUCACAGUACCACCACCAAAAAUUAAUGAGACUGAUCCAUCAACAAAUAUUACAGUAGGUGAAGAAAUAUCUGUUACAAGUGUGGUGUCAAUUGUGGGUGUUAAAGAACUAGAUUUUUAUUCAACAGAAAUAAACAAAUACUUUUUUGAUACAUGGAUAUACAGAUUACUUUCAAAUGAUUCCAUCAGUACAGUAUAUACCUAUACAUCAACAAUCAAAAAAGAUGGGGUUGAUGUAUCAAAUAUUACAGCAACUUUAGAAUGGUUUAAAGAAUCAUCCAAUGUACAGUUUGCAAACGAAAAUGUUGAGCUAAAUCCAUCAUCAAUUAAAUAUACAAUCAAAAUCACAAAUUAUCCCUUUAGCAGCAUAUUAAAUUCAUUACAGCUAAUCAUGAAAGCAUCAAUUCAAACCGAUUCAGGCUCAUGUUCUGGAACAGUUAAACAAUUUGGUAAUUUAACAAGAGAGAACUCAGACUACCUCAAACUUCAAGUAGACAACUACUCAUUCUAUGGUAGAUUCAUUAAAAGAUGUAUUGUAGAUGAUGAUCAAAUUUCAACAAUAACCAAUACUAUAUUAGACAAUUCGAUGAACCAAAAUUUAACCAACAAUCAUCAAAACUCACAAUCAUACAUUGGUAUAAACAUACCAUAUUUUUCAGAUAAUGUAGUUGUGGAUCCAGACUUUAGUGUAUUAUUAGAUUCAAAUUCAGCAAGUUCAAGCUGUAAAGGUUCAGGUCUUAGUAAAUCACAAAUUGCAGGUAUUAUAAUAGGUUCUGUGUGUCUUUUUAUCGUUUUAGUAAUUAUAGUUUUAAUUAUUAUUUAUAAAUCACCCGGAUGUUGUAUGCCUGUAAAAAUAUUUUUAUACAAAAUAAUUAAAAAUUCAAAAUCAUAAAGUUCACAAAAAAAUCACACUUUUUAUUAGGUUGCACAUCUGUUAAGUAUUUUUCUAUAAAUAUUUUAAAAAAACCAAAAAAUUAAUAAAAAAUUUUUGUCGAUUCUCAAAAUAAAAUUUAUAUUUUUUUUUUUAUUAAUAAAAAAAAAAUUGAU